AUGGUUGACUUGGUGAAGACGAUUUUGCUCAUUGCCUACUGGUAUGGCCUUGCCGUGGGAGUGUCCAACUUCGAGGUGGACUGGCUAACUGGAGAAGCCAUUGCCACCCGAAGGACUACGAUCUAUGCAGCAGUGCAUAAUGCCAGCCUUAUCACUCUGCUGAUUCUUUUCAAUCUUGGCAAUAACUCACUGAAAUCCGAGUUCAUAAGUGCUCGAUAUCUGCAUGAGUACUUCUUUAUGCUCAUGACUGCGGUUCGAAUCUCGGCAGUUCUGCUCUCACUGAUAACCAGAUGGUAUCAGCGUUCCAGAUUCAUUCGAAUUUGGAAUCAGAUACUAGCCCUAGUUCGCGAUAGACCUCAAGUGGUUCGUGGGCGCUGGUAUCGUCGCAGCAUUAUCCUUAAAUUUGUGUUCUGUGUCCUGUCAGAUUCUCUGCACACCAUAUCGGAUGUGAGUGCGCAACGAAAGCGGAUCACUGCUGACCUGAUUGUCAAACUGAGCUUACUGGCCACACUGACCACCAUUUUUAACAUGAUCGUGUGCCAGUACUACUUGGCCAUGGUGCAGGUGAUUGGGCUCUACAAGAUUCUGCUCCAAGAUCUGCGAUGCUUGGUGCGCCAAGCUGAAUGCAUCUGCUCCAUUCGCAAUCGGCGAGGUGGAGUUUACUCCAUUCAGUGCUGCUCGUUGGCAGAUCAGCUGGAUCUAAUUGCCGAAAGGCAUUACUUUCUGAAGGACAGACUUGAUGAGAUGUCGGACCUUUUCCAGAUACAGAGCCUAAGCAUGAGCCUGGUGUACUUUUUCUCCACCAUGGGCUCCAUCUACUUUAGCGUCUGUUCGAUCCUGUACAGCUCCACAGGAUUCGGCUCUACAUACUGGGGUCUUCUGCUGAUUGUACUAUCCACGGCUUCCUUCUACAUGGACAAUUGGUUGUCCGUUAACAUUGGGUUUCAUAUUCGAGAUCAGCAGGACGAACUAUUCCGAGUGCUGGCGGAUCGAACUCUGUUCUAUCGGGAAUUGGACAACCGACUGGAGGCAGCCUUUGAGAACUUCCAACUGCAACUGGCCAGUAACCGGCAUGAAUUCUACGUUAUGGGUCUCUUUAAAAUGGAACGUGGUCGUCUAAUCGCUAUGCUAAGCUCAGUGAUCACUCAUACUAUGGUUCUUGUUCAGUGGGAAAUUCAAAACGAUGAAUCGUAA